AUGUUUACAACAAACAACUGGCGUGGUCACAUUGUCUUCAGGCAUUUUACAGGAGCCCUACUCGCCUGUCGUCAAGCUGUUUAAGGACCCCAGGAUGUCCAUGCUUGCUGAGCCCCGGAGGAAACAGAAGUGGUCUGUUGACCCUAGGAACAGUGCCUGGAGUAAUGAUGAUUCCAAAUUUGGCCAGAAGAUGCUGGAGCGAAUGGGCUGGUCCAAGGGCAAGGGCCUGGGCAGGAGCGAGCAAGGCUCCACCGACCAUAUCAAAGUAAAAGUCAAAAACAACAACUAUGGACUUGGAGCCAAUGCCAGCUAUGAGGACAACUGGAUUGCCCACCAGGACGAUUUCAAUGAGCUACUUGCUCAACUGAACAACUGCCAUGGUCAAAACGAUAACGACGAACCUCCACCAGAUGAGCAGAAAGGAUUCAGCUUGGAGGAAAAAUCCAAGACCUCCAAAAAGAGGGUCCAUUACAUGAAGUUUACUAAAGGAAAGGACCUGUCCUCCCGUAGUGAAACAGACCUGAAUUGUAUUUUUGGGAAGAGAGCAAGAUCCGCUACAGACCAAGAGCAGGAGAGCAACAGCAGUGAUUCUCAGGGUGAGGCGGAGGAGAAUGCAACUCCCGCUACCACUGAACUGGAUACAGAGUCCAUCACCAAGACUGUGACAAGUACUCUCACUAUGCAGGAGUAUUUUGCGCAGCGAAUGGCUCAGCUGAAGAAGGCUCGGGGGCAGGCCCAGAGUCUGACAACCCCGGCAGAGACCAACGAGACAUCAAGUCCAUCCAAGGAACCAAGUCUAGGCCACAGUAGCAACGAUGAUGCAGAGGAGCCCAAGAAGAAGAAGAAAAAAAAGAAGAAGGCUGCAGAUGAGGUGGAAGUGCUAGAAGACAACAGCAGUGCUCCCAUCGUAGCGGAGGACGAUGAGAACCAGGAGCAGGAACGUUCAAAGAAAAAGAAGAAAAAGAGGAAAAUGGCAGAAAACGAAGGAGCUACAGAUGAGAACUGUAGCUCCACAUCUGGCGUGGAGCAGAACUGUGAGGAGCUGCCUCCUUCCAAAAAGAAAAAGCUUAAAAAGCACAAGAAGGAAACUGAGCUACUAAAUGGACACAAACCCUCCGAGGAUCAAACUGUAGAAUCAGAGAUUUCACAGAAAAAGAAAAAGAAACGCAGAGAGGAGGCAGACGUUAUCGUAGUAGAGGAUGAGGAGGAGGUGGUAGAGAAAAAAACCAAAAAGGACAAGAAAAAGAAGAAAAAACAUCAAAAAUAGGGUGGAGUUAGGGGUAAAGAGGAGUCCUUUAGUCUUCAGGCAUACUUGAUACUCUUUGUGCUGUUAUCACACAUAUAGAAAAAGCCUUUUAUGAGCUAAUCAAAUGUCUUGUUUUGUACAACCUAAAUACCUGUUCAUGAAGAACACUUUGCUACAGUGUGGAGAAAAGAUGUUUGCCACUUGAUCAAGCUGGACAGUAAAGCCACACACUUUUACUGGUGGACACUGGGAUACAUCACUGUUCCUGCAGAUGGUAAAAUGAUUUAAUGACAAGAUCAGUACCACUCAAAUCUGCACAGUGUAUAUGAUGCUGAGAAAUCAUACAUAACCAACAUAAAACCAUUGUGUGUUGUUUUUGUAAAUUGGCUUUUAUUCUGAUUCAACACACCAAACAUUACAUCUUAACUGAUGAGCUCUAGAGGUCCUGAUAGGGGGGUUUUGUCACCUUUGGACAGAGCCAGGCUACCUGUUCAGUCUUUGAGCUGAGCUAAGACAUGAGUGGUAUUGAUUUUUCUUAUUCAACUCUGGGCAAGAAACAAAUAAACAUAGGCCCUAAGAUGUUGAACUGUCCCUUUAAUCAGUUUCAAGAAUCUAUUUCUAAAUGUACUCCUAUGACUUGAUGUCUAAAAUGUAUUGAUGCAGACAUCUGAAGCUGACAGAAUAUUUUAACCAGCCCUCUUCAAAAUAAUCAGAUGAAACAAAUGUGCCACAUUAUGUAAAGUCACAUGUCUUAUGUUUUGUAGAUAAAAAAAAUGUAAACAAUGUGUCAAAAUGCAUACUUUCAAAGACCCAUCAUUUUGAAUGUUUCCAUCUUAAAUAAAUCAGCAUUACAAUUUA